AUCCCCAAUUGCUAGCCCAGCCAACACUGGAUUUUUGCUUUGGUUUUCUUCCUACUUCGCGGUCACAUGCCAUCGACGCGUACGCGUAGAUUCCCACGGUCUUUGUUGACCAUUAACUUUGUUCAUUACCACAACCGAGAUACUCCCGCCAACGACCCUAACGACCAGCUCACUAUCGAGCUCAACGUUUACGACAACGACAACAUCAGGUGGUCAAUCAUAUAAUAGCGCUCACAAUGAGCGCACAAAUAAAUUCCACAGCAUCACCACAAUCGCUCCUUUCACACUCGUCUGAUCCUGUUCAAUCAUCCAUCCGUCGCAAUUCCGCCAUGGGCUGGAGCAAGUCCUCUUCACCGAUUGCAAGCACGGGCACGACGCCUCUUCGAAUUGCAAAGCGUGAUAGCUCUAAACCAGCCUUUCCUCUUGUCGCCCGUCGUUCCUCAUCCAGUUACAGACAUCUCAGAAAUAACAAUCUUGUUUCCAAAUCUCCUUUCAAGUCUUCAAUUCCAACACCAUCCAGACCUUCUAUUUCUCCAAAUAGCAACAUUCCUCUCCCUAAACCCCCGCAGCGUAGGGUCAGUGGCGAGAAGCGUCCCCGCCCCGACUCCAUGCAUGACCAAGCUGAAAACGAGCGUCCAUUUGCCCUCAAGCGGGAGCGCCGUCAGUCGAAAGUCUACCAGGGACUCGUGGAUAAGGAGCCUGUGACAAAGAGCCCCUUCAAACGCCCACCUGGCGCCCAGGAAGAAACUCCACCCCCAGUACCUUCCAAGUCCAUCCCUGUCCCACCAAUCCCAGAGCCUUCUGCUACUAAGACUGCAAAUCCACCGAAGGCGAUUACCCCCACUCGCCCAUCGCUUGUUAUCAAACGCCUUCAUGGUCCUCGGGCUGCUGACCAGCCCUCUCUCGAACGCAGGCGCCAGAGACGAAAAACAGUAACAUGGGAUGAGCGUUGUGAUGUCCUUGAAUUUGACCGUGAGGAAGGGGAAAAUGAUAUCUUCUAUUCUGAUGAAGAUGACUAUGGCACCCCUGAUCCUGAUCACCGCAAUCAGGCGCCCGCAAUAUUUGGCUCACUUCCUUCUGAGCUCUUAGAGUUAGUAGACCUUCCUCCGAGUCUCCCGUCACAUGUCAGUCCGCCAGCCGUCCGGCUGGAUGGCGAUGUCAUGGAAUUGGACUGUGAGGAAGGUCGGGAUGAUACCUUCCACUCUGAAGAAGAUGACUAUCGCAGCCCUGGUCACAGCGAGCAGCCAGCAACACUAUUCGAUCCAAUUCCCUCUACGCUCUUGGAGUUCGUAGGCUCCCCUCAGAACCCCCCUUCACCCAUUGUUCCUCCAGCCGCCCGUCGGGAGUCACCUGCCCCAUGUCAAGGCUCCCCACUCUGCGAGUCCGCGAGCUCGCCUAACCUUUCCAUUGAUGGCAGCGCAGGACGCGCCCCUAGGACUCGCAUCAGCAGAGAGGAUAUUCAUACACGUCUCAUGCGCAAACGCAGCUCGGAUAGUCCUACGACGUUGGGUAGUGCAUCUCAGCAAGACGCAGAUGCACAACCCUCAAAACAAACCGAGUCUCGUGGCAACAAUGUUGCCAAUGUAGAGGUUGAAGAAGAUGAAGAGCAGGAGGAACACACCGAGCCCAUGUCGGUGAUGAUGGAUAUUAGUGCCGAGUUUGCAACUCUUCAAGCUACAGAGCGAAGCUCCCCAAGGGGCCCAACCCAACUUCUCUCUCAACCGCCUGAGAGCAUCCUUUCAUCUCCUGACACGACGUGUGACUUUGAUCUUAGUGCGGGUCUUGGUGACUCCGUGAGCUCAGUGCAGCUUGGCGAGUGCAGACAAUCCUUUGGUGAUGGGUGGUGCGGUUGACCAAGUUGCUGACACACAGCCUGCCCAACAAGUCGCGUCCUGUGACUCUUUCCAAGAUGACAGCAUAAUCAGUGAUGCAGAGACCGAAGAAGAUAAAGAACAA